AUGCAACUGAAUCCAUGGGCAUCUGCUAGCCUUUGUGACCCAGUUCGUUUGGCAGCAUCAGGGUCAAGGCGCAGUUCUUCAUCAGCCACAGAAGAGACACCACUUUGCCACCUGCGUACGCGGGCUUGCGUUGACGAAGGCGGAUUGAUAUCCCUUCUGAAAUCAUACACACACAAGGGCACCCUGGCAACACGGGACAUUUUGCUAUGGUCUACCAGCCUGAUUAUAGGGUUUCGCCUUUUAACCAAGGCAGAAGCCCAUUUAUUUGAGCUCGGGUUAGAAAGCUGGGCAUUGCAGCUCACGCGGCUUCGGGCGAAAAUCACAGAAGCCUUCCUCCAGCUUUCGCUCCAAUCGCAGAGAUCCACUUCUGUUGAGAACAGCUUUGGAAGCGUGCAUCCAGCCGUGUCCCUACUAGAGGCAUCGCUUAACAUACAAAUAUUCAGGGGAGCCAUGGCAUGCGGGUUUUUAAAUGAAGCUCAAGAGUUGUUGCCACUUUUCUCCCCGUCGGCCAUUCGAUCAUGGACAGAAGCGCUAGGACAGGUGACUGAGGCUUGCGGAGGACUUUCAAAAACGCUGGGGAGACAAGCUUGUUGCUUAUCUGUUGUGACAUUGCAACGAACAUGCUCGCUUAUAUCUAUAGGCGAGCUGCUGAUUACUCUCGGAGAGCAGUGCUUACUGAUUGGGGAGGUCGGCCUUAGUUCCGUGCUGGGCUGUUCAGCCUCCUCCUACUUGCCAAGCCUGCAGGACUUCAAAGACUGCAACCCCAACCUUUUUACUCGGCAGGUGACAUUGUUGGCCUCGUCUCGGUUUCGCCAGGGUGAUGUGAAUGGUUCACUGGAGCUACUUGACACGGUCACAAGCUUGCCAAAUUUCGCCGAGCUUGAAGUUCCGGUGGCCCUUAACUUUGCUGAGGCUUUAUGGAACUUACAUGCUUCCAGGGGCACUCUUCUGAAAGCUAUACCAGUGCUUAAGCUUAUUGAGUUGACUUUAGUGGAGCUUGCUUCAAGCACUGCAGCGGGCUUCACCUUGGACAAAAGUGGUAACAUCGUAGUCCGACCUCCCGCUUCACAUCCAGGAUCCCAGCAAUUUUCUAGUUUUGCUUCUACUCGAGGCGAAAAGGCCAGCAAAACGGGUGCAUGGUCAAGCCGAUUUCACCAGUCUCGGUUUGGCAGAGGGGCUGCAACUGCAGAGGUUCCUCAAUGGCCACUGAGUCUUUCCGUGUGGAAACACCGUCUAAAGGGGCUCGAAGUUGAUUAUAUAUUUUCUCUGUACUGCCUCGGAUGGACGGCCGAAGGAGGCAGCCUGCAUUUCCAUUGGAAAGAGAAAUUUCUCGAGGCCGUGAAUAUUUUAUCAAACUUGCUGGACCGAACUGAAGAGCUUGCCGUCCCACUGAAACCGUUGAGGGUGUGCGCCACCAAUUGUCUUCGAGCAGUUCGUUUUCUACAGGCAGCGAUGCGGUUUCUGUGGACAGACCAAGAAAACUUUACAGCUUACCAUUGGGAAAGGCGCAAAAGCUCCGCUGCGGGGUUGAGCUACUGUAGCAGCGAUUCACUUGUAACGCCCGUUGACUUGAAAGAAUGCAGUGAAGCUCUUCACAGAGUCCUAGCAGGACUCGACUUGGAGUCAAAAGCCACGUUAAACUUCAUUACAUCUGGCAGCGGACAGCGCUGGACUCAUCAGUCUGCUCUGGCGUGGGCUGACAUGGUUACCGUGGCUGGAGUUCACUUGGUCUGUUUCCGCCAUCAGCUACAGCUAGUGACUUUAGAAUUUUGGAGAGCAGACCUUCACCAAGUUAUCGGUGGAACACAGAACAUUCGUACAAGGGGCAACAGCAAUAUUCUCCCCUCGGAUACUGCUCAGUGCACCCUUUCAAAAGUUUGUGCCGACGAGAAGCGACGUGCCCUGCAGCAAUGGCUCUACGAAAGUCAAUAUGAAGAUGCCUUUUCUCUUAAUUCGAUGAAAGCUGAGCAGCAACGCCUCGCAGAAGCUGCAGAGGAUCUUGGAGCCGUUAGGACUGUAGGUUUGUGCCGACGUGAGACUGGUAAGGGUAAUGUCUGCAGCGACGUCUCCGGCAAGUCCCUUCUCGAUGUUCAGUGGGCAUGCCAGUGCUCAGUUGUGAGGCAUCAACAGUCGUUCUUACAAGCUCUCCACAGAUUGAUUGCACAAGAAAGAGGCCUACAGGAGCUGUGCCCAUGGGCGCAAGAUGAGACACAGGACCAGGCAUCACGAGAUCUCUGGAUUGAAGAUAUUCGGAGUGCUGUUGCAUUUGUAAGUAAUUAUACGGGGAGGCGGCGCAUGAUGCAACAUUUCCCCCUGGUGUUUGUAGAUUGCAAAACAUCCUGGAUGAUUUUGCAUGCGUCACAUCUAAACCAAGAUUAUACGGACGGACGAUGCCAUCUGGUGCGAAUGCAUUGUGUCGUUCAGGCAGACAAGGGCGCGAAAGGCCAACAGAGGUGGUUGAACUAUCUAGCUGCUGUUUUAUAUCGAGAUCCACGAGGAAAUCACAGUCAACCUAUUGCUUCUACUGAGGUCGAGGAAACAUUUUCAGCUUGCAUUGCGAGUGGCCACCUCACUGAGGCAACAUUCCUAGGCGAGGAGCUUCUCAGCAGUGUUUUCGGGAAUAGGAAUCUAGAGCAUUUAGACCGCGCAUUCGCCACAAUCGUCACUCUGCAGGCUGCCAAGGUUGCCCAAAUCGCAAAGCUGCUGCAGUUACAACUUAUGGACCCACAAAUGACAGAGAGCGUCGCCAUAGAGGAAGCUCGGCGGUUAAAGGAGUCUUGGAGAGAUGCUGGAGCCUUGCCUAGAUUUCAAGCUGUCAACAAGUGGGCGCGUAGCUGA